ACCCACACUCCCCCUCUCAACCGUCUCUGCCAUUCACAUUCAUCUCAAACCCCGGCUUUCCAUUCCCUCGCCCUGCCGCCCGGCUCACGCCCGCACCUGCACCCUCCCCUUCCCUGGCUCCACCCCGAGGCACAGGGAUGGGAGGGUCAAGGUGUGCAUUGCCAAUUGCGGUGCUGAUGGCUGAUUAGCGGGCAGCCUGGUAGCUGCGCAGGGGGGUUGAAGGAGAGAAAAAAGUUGGGGAGGGACAGCCGGGCAGACAAAAAGGGUAAAGCGGGGGCAGUGAUGGGGGAGUGAGAGGGGAAUCCAAUCCAGUCCAGUCCGGUGCCAGAUUGGGAGCAGCCAAGGAAGAGUGCGCGCGACGCAAAGCCGGAGGCGAGGCCACCACAGCAGAGCUGAGCGGAGGGCCGGGCAGCCCGCCGAUCGAAUCGGGAACGGCCGGAGCCGCCGCCCGCCCGCCCGCCGGAGACUUUGUCCGCUUCCCGGCCGCGCUAGCACUAGGUCCUCUCCUAUGGCUUGAGGUGCACUCCUGUGGACGAGGCAGAAGCUGUUAAUUGGUUAUUCUUUGUCCUUGGAAGGGCAUUACUGAACUGUGUGCAAUACUUACCCAACAACCCCUGAAUUCUGGAUAUGGAACUUAUUGGCUUCUUGCUACCAUUGCCUGUUGUUGAAGCUUAUAUCCUGAAAUACUGUUUUGCUUCUACAAUUUCAUUUGCUGAUAUUUUGGAUUUUCAUUUCAGUUGUUCGAGAUUGGUUCCCUUCCUUUCUGUUUUCUUCAGACUUGAUUACUGGAUUCUUAAUUUUACUUACUUUUGGUUCUUCAGACAUGCAUAAUAGAUCCACAAUCAGUAUGGAUCGAUGAAGCUGGCCUUUUCCUCAGAUUCCUUUCUUUUUUCAUUUUGGUUGUUUGAGAUCUGUUUCCUUCCUUAGAGUACAUGAUGAAUUUGUAUUUUCUUUAUUUUUAUCAGAUAAAUCAGUCAGUAUGGAUCGACGAAGCUGGCCUUGGAAGAAGAAAUCUUCUGAAAGAUCAUCAAACACCGAUUCGUCACAGAGUUCCAAUCAAGCAGAACAGGAUGAAAAAGUUCCAAAAUAUGUGCAGAUUUCACCAGAAAGAUAUUCACAUCUUACUGAAUCAGAAGAGCAAAUCGAAAUACUGAAUGCAAAGAUAAAAGUCUUGAAUGAAAAAGUAGCUGCUGCACAAAGCGAGAUGAACACCAAAGAUGCCUUAGUAAAGCAGCAUGCAAAAGUGGCUGAAGAAGCUGUAUCAGGUUGGGAGCAAGCUGAAGCAGAGGCCUCAGCACUGAAAUUUCAACUGGAAACUGUAACUCUAUCCAAGCUAGCAGCUGAGGAAAGGGCUGCCCAUUUGGAUGGUGCUCUAAAAGAAUGCAUGAAGCAAGUGCGGACAGUGAAGGAAGAAGGUGAGCAGAAGCUGCAUGAUGUAGUGUUUUCAAAGACCAAACACUGGGAGAAAACAAGAGCCGAAUUAGAAGCAAGGUUAGUCGAGUUUGAACAGGAUCUGAUUAGAGCAGUUGCUGAGAAUGAUGCACUAUCAAGAUCUCUUGAAGAGCGGGCAAACUUGCUGUUGAAAGUUAACGAGGAGAAGGCUCAAGCAGAAUCCCAGAUUGAAGUACUUAAGAGCACAAUCCAGUCAGGUGAAAAGGAGAUAAAUUCAUUAAAGUAUGAACUACAUGUUGUCUCUAAAGAGCUUGACAUUCGCAAUGAAGAGAAGAAUAUGAGUGUAUGUUCAGCUGAUGUAGCAACCAAACAACAUAUUGAGGAUGUCAAGAAAAUAUCAAAACUAGAAGCAGAAUGUCAAAGAUUACGUGGCCUUGUCCGCAAAAAGUUACCUGGGCCUGCUGCAUUAUCUCUAAUGAAGAUGGAAGUUGAUAGCUGGAGUAGAGAUCCAGGAGACAACAGAUUGCGGCGUUCCCCUUCGAGGACUUCUACACUCCAGUAUCCUAUGUCUCCAUCUCCUGAUUAUGCUCGUGAAAACUUGCAAAACAUGCAGAAAGAGAAUGAACUUUUGACAGCACGUUUGUUGACAAUGGAUGAAGAAAUUAAGAUGUUAAAAGAGGCAUUGUCAAAAUGCAACCACGAGCUACAAGCAUCAAAAAACAUGUGUGCUAAGACUUCAUGUAAGCUCCGCAGCAUGGAACUGCACAUGUCGAGUGCUAAUCUAUAUAAAAGCCCGACAAGUUCAUUCGUUGAUACCUCUGCAUCAAGUCAGAAAGAAAGCAACCCACCAAGUUUGACUUCCAUGUCUGAAGAUGGUGUUGAUGAUGCAAGAAGUUGUGAGGAAUCUUGGUCUAGUACUUUGGUGUCUGAAAUCUCACACAUCAAGAAAGAUAAAGCUGGUAAGCACAAUUUGACUGAAAACUCCAAUCAGAUGGGCCUCAUGGAUGACUUCCUGGAGAUGGAGAGAUUGGCAUGUCUGUCUUCUGCUCAGGAAUGUCAGGGCAUUGUCGAUAAAAAGGUUGAUAAAGUUGUUGAGGCUCUCUCCUCUGUCACUAAAAAAGAGAGCAACAAUAAUUCAUCGCCAGCUUUGCAGUCACCAGGUUCUCCAUUUAGUAGUGAUAAUCUGAUUGCCAACUCUCCACUUUCAAAACUGCACUCGAGAAUUUCUGCUUUGUUGUGCUCUCAAUCACCACAGAAUAAUGUUGUGAAGGUGCUGGAUGAUAUCAGGAAUAUCCUAAGUGACAUUGAACAUGAGGUAGAAUCUGUGAAUGUAAACAAACUUCAGCAUGAUGACAUUUUUGAAGUUACUGGUAAUGGAUCUUCAACAAAGGAAGCCAAACCCUUGGGCCUUAUGGAACAUAGUCUGAGAAAUGCCAUUUUGAAGAUUCAUGAGUUUGUCAAGUUACUUAUAAGACAAGCAUCUGAGUUACAAUUAAGUUCUUACUCUAGUGUCGUAUUUCAGAAGAUAGAACAGUUCUCCACGUUAGUUGAUGAAGUUCUGUCUGGUCGUAAUGGUUUAAAUGAGGUUGUCAUUGCAUUAUCUGAAAUAUUGCUAGAAAGUGGUGAGUUUAAACUCACAUUGUUGAUGGAUACUGCUAAUGAGGUAGAAAGCAAUAAUGUAUAUUGUGUUGAUAAAGUGACACUAUUGGAGAACAAAAUUCAUCAUGAGCCAUCGCAAGAUAGCAUGUCUGGUGCUUGUUCCCUUAUGCCACAUUCAUCUUCUGACCCUGAUUUUGAGGGUCCGAGUCCUAGUGAUGCAUUUGAUGUUAGAACUACAGUGAGGAUAUGUGCAGCAGAGGAAUAUGAAAAAAUGAAAUUGGAAAAGAGAAAUUUAGAGAUGGAAUUAACGAAGUGCAAUGAAAUGAUCGAAACUACAAAUCUUAAGUUUAGUGAAAUGGAGAAAAACCUUGAAGACCUGACAUCGAAGUUGGCAGCAUGUGAGAAAUCAAAUAGCUUGGCUGAAACACAAUUAAAGUGUAUGGCUGGAUCAUACAAAACACUUGAAUCCCUGAAGGUGAAAUUAGAUGAAGAAAUACAAGUUUUACAGACAAAGAUAGAUACUUUAUCAGCUGACCUUGCUGAAGAAAGACGAAGCCAUCAGGAGGACAUAGCCAAGUAUAGAGAUCUCAAGGAGCAGAUGGAAAGGUAUGAGAACAGUUCCUUAUUGGAAGCAGAGGAUUCAGAUAUUAAACUGAAGAAGGAGAAAGAAAUAGCUGCUGCAGCUGACAAACUUGCAGAGUGCCAGGAGACAAUAUUGCUCCUUGGUCAGCAGCUGCAAACUCUGCGCCCUCCUCCAUCGGGAUCAUCGAGUUCUGCUCUAAACACACAACUGGUGCAGCAGUUUCCAGAAGAUCAAGCAGGACUAGCUCGAAGUGUACAUUCUAAGAAGCUGUCAGGUCAAUUUGAUGCAGAUUAUAUAUUCUCAAGUGCCCUAGGAACAGGAAAUGUGUCCCCCCUGAGUGGUUAUAUCCCACACAAAAGCCCUUCUAAUGCAGCUGGUAGUCCUUACUUUACUUUGCCAGGCAAUUCUAAGCGUCCCAAGCACAGAUCUAGGUCAUCAUCUUCAUCAUUUUCUAACCAGUUACCAGAGAAACAGGGUCGAGGAUUCAGUCGGUUAUUCUCAAAAGGCAAGACUGACCGCUAACCUCCUCAUCCUACACAGAUUUUUGGUUUAUUUUCCUCUCAAGGUGAGCGAUUCAGGUCAAGAUUUUGGCAACAGCAGCUGAAAACCGGUUUAUGUAUCUUGCAAAUGGUUCCUUGAUUGAAGGAUUAGUAUUUACUUGAGGUUGAGUUAUAUCUAGAUUUCUGUGUGAUAGUUUUAGCCAGUAGUUUGCCUAUAGCUUUUCGAGUUGCAUUUACAUAUACCUCAGUAGAACCUCACUGUUUAUUUACUUACAUUUGCGAAGAUUGAAGCUGUCGCGUUUUGUGAGUUAGAUUUCCCCAAUGGAGGAUGAACUAACCAGUGUGUUGUGCCAUACUUGUGUUUGAAGUUUGAACUACAUACUUGAUGUACAGUUAACCUACAUAAGCAAGGUGUUUGAACA